AUGUUGAGCGUCAGAACGUUUGCCACAUCUCAUAGCUGCGAGGACCUUUUGCCGAGCAGUGGACACAACAUUUGGCUGCACGGCGUUGCCGAGGGCGACAGCUGCAGCUUCGUCCGCUCUCGGGCCCGCGAGUUUUCGUUGCCGAUGUUCAUUGUUGCCGGAGUGUCGUGGGACCUUCCGCAGCCUAAAGACCUCGUCCGCAGGGCGAUGACCACUGGGAGCAGCGACUCGAGCAGCUUGGCCGCGCUGCGGCCACAGGGACUGCGCCGGGGACAUCAUUCCAGGCCCCGUUUGGGAGCUGAGCGAGCAACAAGUUUUGCAGGCGUUCAUAUGCGGUGCCAUGUGGUGCCAUGUGGUGCCAGGACGGGCUCCGAGACACCGAAGCUUCACUGGGACCACUCAGCGGAGCCGAAGCCAGACGACUACGCCUGCUGCAGCUGUGGUUUGGGACUUCUGCUGACGCUCAUCGGAAAUGAGGAGAUUGGCAUGCUGGAGUGGGACUCGGAGCAUGGAUCCAUGGGUGAUUACCCUGGACCGCACGCUGUUUUGAAAGGCGGGGCAGAGUCGAUUGCAACACGCCUAUCCUCGGAUGCGGAGCGCCGUGGCGUCCACGUCCUUUGGCAGCAACGUGCCCGAGAGAAUCAUGAAGAUCCAUCGUGCGUUGUGGUGCACUGCCGAAGUGGACUUCGUUGCCAUGCCAGAUGGGCAGUGCUUACAGCAUCGUUGGGUGUGCUGAAAAAAAUGGGCCCCGACUUUGUCGAGCCAGCCUUGCCGACGGUGGUACAAGACGCUUUGUCGCGCCUGAAGAUGUGUCAUUACAACAAGCUUCUUCUGCAUGUGACGGAGCAGGCGGCGGCGCGAUUUCCAGUGUGGACAGACAUCGAUUCGCCACUUUUCUGGCAGCUGUUCAACUACUGGCCUCUGAAUGGUAAGCCACUGCUGUCUCUUGCUUCGAUCAUUCCAGAAGCACAGACGCUGUCCGACGAGGAAGCACGACAGGUCGCUGAGCAAUUGCUCGCCUUGCUUCCUGACGAACUCUUGGCUGUGCAAAUGACACGAUGGGGAGAAGUCGAGUGGACGCUGGGGUCCUACUCGAUGAGCACCAAAGAUGCGGCUUUCAAGUUGCAGUCAGCCGCCGGGUCCGCCUUGCCGGUGAGCAUACCCACGAAGAACACCAGGUAUGAAGCCAAUCAGAACAACGACGGCUGCGAAAGCUGCAGUGCGGAGCAAGAUAGCAAGGCCAUGAAAAAUGAUGACAUCAGCGAGGGCAGCCGGGAGCUGGUCGAUCUCAGUGCUGAGGCGAUUAGCUCCCUGGGCAUCCACCUUUCACAGAUCGGGCAGAUCAUCUCCAAGUCCUCACUGCCUCCGAACAGGGGAGAUCGAAGCUCAGCGCACAAGCUCAAGGAGAAGUUGGAGAUGUACCAGGGCUACACUGAUGAAGUACAGCGCCGGCGAAAUGAGUUGGAGCAGAAAAUGGCAGACGACUUCGCCCGGCUGAAAGCUUGGCGUGCGCAGUCCGGCACCGAAGGCAAGGGCCUCGUCGAGGAGCUGGAGGCCCUGUACGGCAAGGUGCGGCAGCAGGAUAAGGAACUCAAGAGGAAGCAGCAGGCGAUAGAAGAGGAACAAGCAAAGGUCAAGGAGCUAGAAGAGGCUGUAGCUCUGAGAGAAAGGAAGUGGGAUUCGUUGGCAGAGGACUAUAGCAAGAAGCUGGUCAAGAUGAGAAGAGAGAUCGUGGAACGCGGAGGGCUGUGCUCAUGGCUGCAGUGUGCCUUCGACGAGAUCCGCUUCAAGUGGAAAGCAGCAGAGGAGAAAGAGAAGCUCAAAAUUGAGCACCAUCAGAGGAUGCGGAAGGCACGGGCCCAGUCGCGGCUGGAUGUCAUCCAACGAGAGCGAAAGAAGCGGCUCUUGCAGGCAUGCAUGGUCGCAAUGCAGGAGGAGUCGGUCGAGGGUGGCGGGCUCAUAGCUCCGUCGUCAGGCGGUCUCCGCACUUGA